AUGCCUCACAUCUCCCGCAAUCGCUCGCAGACGGUCGCCAGCGAAGGCAACCCGCUCGACGACACCGUGUCGCCCACGGCACACGCCAAUCCCUACUUUGCCCACCAGGGACCCCCAGCCUUGCGCCACCACAACCAAGGUAGCGUGCCUCCAUCUCCCCCAGACACCCCAGCAAUAACGAGAACAAAAGCCGACGGUGCUGCCGGCGAUGCCACCACUGCAGGCAAGGAAGAGCUCGCCCGGAAGCUGCGAAGAGUCGCCUCUGCACCCAAUGCCCAGGGACUCUUCGCAAAAGGAAAUGGAGACGACCGCCCCCAGACCGCCGAGCUCGGCAAGCAACCCGUAUUGCAUCACCCCAACUCGUCGACGUUGAGCAUGGUGGAGACGCUGCCCCAGGGCUCCAACAAUCUUCUCCUGCCUGUCGAAAACGGUGGCUCAAUACCCAGCCCAGGUCAGAUCCGCCAGUCUGUCGCCUUCCGACGGACAUACAGCUCCAAUUCCAUCAAGGUUAGGAACGUCGAAGUCGGCCCUGGAAGCUUCGACAAGAUCAAGUUGAUCGGUAAAGGCGAUGUUGGCAAGGUCUACUUGGUGCGCGAGAAGAAGUCGAGUAGGCUAUAUGCUAUGAAGGUUCUUAGCAAGAAGGAGAUGAUCAAGCGAAACAAGAUCAAGCGUGCACUCGCAGAGCAAGAAAUCCUGGCGACCAGCAACCACCCCUUUAUUGUUACCCUCUACCACUCUUUCCAGUCCGAAGACCAUCUCUACCUCUGCAUGGAGUACUGCAGCGGCGGUGAAUUCUUCCGCGCUCUACAGACCAGACCAAACAAGUGCGUCGACGAGGAUGCCGCGCGGUUCUAUGCUGCCGAGGUGACCGCCGCCCUGGAGUACCUGCAUUUGAUGGGCUUCAUCUACCGAGAUCUGAAGCCCGAGAACAUCCUCCUCCACCAGUCUGGUCACAUCAUGUUGUCGGAUUUUGAUCUGUCAAAGCAGUCCGACUCGGGCGGCCGCCCGACAAUGAUUCUCAGCGGCCGAAGCGGCACUUCCUCAAACAAUUUGCCAACCAUUGACACAAAGUCUUGCAUAGCAAAUUUCAGGACCAACUCGUUCGUAGGAACUGAGGAGUACAUCGCGCCAGAGGUUAUCAAGGGCUGCGGACACACCAGCGCGGUCGACUGGUGGACCCUUGGCAUCUUAAUCUACGAGAUGCUGUACGGCACGACACCUUUCAAGGGCAAGAACCGCAACGCGACGUUUGCCAACAUUCUGAGGGAUGAGGUACCAUUCCCCGAGGGGUCUGGUGCACCAGCAGUGUCGAAAUCCAGUCUCUGCAAAGGCAUAAUUCGCAAACUACUCAUCAAGGAUGAGACGCGUCGUUUAGGCUCGCGCGCUGGAGCUUCUGACAUCAAGACUGCUCCCUUUUUCCGCACGACUCAAUGGGCGCUUCUGCGUCACAUGAAGCCACCCAUCGUUCCCCAUCAGGGCGCCGGUGUCGAAACACCAAACUUCCGCAACGUCAAGGAGAGCCACAGUGUCGACAUCGGAGCCUCAAAGGUCAAGGGUGUACCUCUGGACUCUGGACUCGCUACGCCUAUGGGCGAGCUUGCCGAUCCUUUUGAAGAAUUCAACAGCGUCACCCUACACCACGACGGCGACGACCACCACCAUCAAGAAUCAAGCCAAGAGUACAUUACACCUCAGAGCUCAAAUUCGCAUCGAUAG